UUCAAGAAGAUAACUGUUUCCUUGAAAAUUUUUCACCAAAAAAAGAUAUGACGUUUCCUACAAUUAAAUAUAUUGAACUUAGCAUAAACAAUAUAAGUAAAUCUAAGAAUUGGACCUUCAAAGACUAUUAUGAAACUUCUAGUUUUGAAUGUGAUCUAUUGGACAGUAACUUUCAAGAUGAUUCAUUUGUCCAAUCAUUUAUUGAUAAAAAUCAAUAUUAUUUAUCCGCAAAUAUG